GGUUCAGUUUCCGCCAGGCAAACAUGACCGCCUUGGCUACUGCUCUCGAGCUGUUCGUGUCGUUACACCGGCGCUGAAGGCUCCGGACUAGUCUCGGGGCAGGCGGCUUCGCCAUGGAGGAGUACUGCGGGUUCCGCGUGUCAGCCGUGUGCCUGGACGAGCCCCCCAACAGCCGCGUGUUCCUGGUGCUGGGGAAGGACACGGGGGAGGCGCUGAUCCGGGAGCGCUUCGCCCCGUUCGGGGAGAUCCAGGACAUCUGGCUGGUGCGGGACAAGCGCACCCACGAGUCCCGCGGCAUCGCCUUCGUCAAGUUCGCCCGCAGCUCGCAGGCCUGCCGGGCCAUGGAGGAGAUGCACGGCCGGAGCCUGGCGCCCGACACCAAGGCCAUCAAGGUGUUCAUUGCCCAGUCCAGAGCUUCCGGAAGCCACCGAGAUGUUGAAGAUGAAGAGCUUACACGCAUCUUUGUUAAGAUACCGAAGUCCUAUACAGAGGAAGAUCUGAGGAAUAAGUUUAAGGUGUAUGGAGACAUUGAAUAUUGUAGCAUUAUUAAGAAGAAGACCACAGGAGAAAGUAAAGGUUUGGGCUAUGUGAGGUAUUUAAAACCAUCCCAAGCUGCCCUUGCAAUAGAAGAGUGUGAUCGAAGUUACAGGGCCAUUUUGGCUGAACCUAAAAACAAGCCGUCUGAAUCCUCUGAAUGUGAAUAUUACAGUAGUAGCAGUAGUAUGAGGCAGGAGCCAAUGGGGCAUGAACCUAGAGGGAGUGUGUUUCCCUUUGAAGGGCAGCCAGAAUUUGGUAGUUUUGAAAAGAGUCAGACGAGAGUUCGAGAAUCCGUUUCCAAACGCCUGUCAGUGGUAUCGCGACUCCCCUUCGAACAAGAGCAGCUGUUCUUCCUCUUUGAUCUAGUCCCAGGACUGGAGUAUUGUGAUGUUCAGCAAGAUCCGCAUACUAACCAUGGGCAUGCUGUGAUUCAGUAUACUACUGCAGCAUCAGCUAUAUAUGCCAAAUACAAGCUACAUGGUUUUGAAUAUCCUCCUGGAAAUCGUCUAGGUGUUGCUUUCCUUGAAGAUGGGAGCAACGGACUGGACCACAUCAGAAAAAUGGCAACACAGCUGGUGACUUCACAGGUGUCAUCAAUGGUGUCACAUAAUAAUCUAGUUGGUCAGCAACGUACAUCUUCUCAACCUUACAGCGGAAGUCCUAGCUCUCCGUUAUCUCAGCCCCAAACAGAUGCUGUACUUCCAUCACGCAAAAAAAAGGUUCCACCUGAGACUUCUAUGAAGGAAAGGCUUUUCAUAGUGUUUUAUCCUCGUCCCUUACCUGUAAAUGUGUUGGAGGAUGUAUUCUGUCGGUUUGGACAUCUUAUAGAAGUUUACCUUGUGUUAGGAAAAAAUGUGGGCUAUGCUAAGUUUGCAGACAGAACAAGUGCUAGCGAUGCCAUAACUGCAUUACAUGGCAAGAUUGUGAAUGGUGUCAGGCUUAAAGUAAUGUUGGCAGAUUCACCUGCAGAAGAAUCUAACAAACGUCAAAGAACUUACUGACCUCAUGGAACAGAGAUUAAAUAAUGGCAUGACCCUCAGCUGACUGACUGAAAACCAUGACUAGACACGGUUCCUGUGGACAGUGACAGCUUUUUGUACUGUUAGCUGAUGUUUGUGGGGGAAAAAACACUUUAUUUUAAAAAAAACCCAAAAUACAGAAUGUAGUUUAAAUCUACAAUUAGCCAACGUUUUUAAUUGUAAACUGAUAUUUGUUGUAGCAGUCUGUCAUUCUAUAUUAGAGAA